AUGCCACAACAGCCACACACAGGAUGCAAGAAGCCAUCAGCUAGCUUUCAGCUUGGGCUGAAGUUUGGCGUGUCUCGAUACAGAGAAGUCGCCCACCACACUUUUCUCUCUGUCGUCAAAGCAGAGGACGCCAGUAGUAGUGGUAGUCAAAGUGGUAGUUGUGGUGGUGGUGAUGUUGGUGGUGGUAGUAGUAGUAGUAGUGGUAGUAGUGGUUGGUGGUGUAGUAGUAGUAGUAGUUAUAGUGGUAGUUGUGGCGGUGGUAGUAGUAGUGGUGGUGGUGGUGGUGGCGGUGGUAGUAGUGACAGCAGUGGGUAUAGUAAUGAUAGUAGUAGUAGUAGAAAUGGUACUGGUAGUAGAGGCGGUAGUGGUAAUAAUGGUUGUGGUGGUGGUAGUGGUAGUCGUGGUCGAGGUGGUAGUUGUAGUGGUAAUAGUAGUAGUGGUAGCAGUAGUAGUAGUACAAUAGUAAUGGUAGUUGUGGCGGUGGUGAUGUUGGUGGUGGUAGUAGUAGUAGUAGUAGUAGUGGUGGUAGUAGUGGUGAGUGAUGGUAGUGACAGUGGUAGUGAUAGUAGCAAUAAUAUUGAUAGUAGUAGUAGUGGUAGUCAAAGUGGUAGUUGUUGUGGUGAUGAUGUUGGUAGUGGCAGUAGUAUUAGUAGUAGUGGUAGUAGUAGUUGGUGGUGUUAG